ACAAGAGACAUUUUUAGAAAAGACAUCUCCAAAUCUUCACUCUGGGCUUACAUGAUGAUAGUGUUCGUCCUGCUCCUAUGUGUUCCAGCAUGCCUCUGUGCUGACCUGUUGCUGCCAGUGGACUGCUCUGACAUCCACACCCACUACCCAACCAAACCCAGCGGGGUCUACACCAUCUUCCCUGGGGGACCCGUCUCCCCACUACAGGUCUACUGUGACAUGGAGAGUGAUGGUGGAGGAUGGACGAUCUUCCAGAGAAGAAUGGAUGGGUCUGUGAACUUCUACAGGCCCUGGGAUCAGUACAAGAUGGGCUUUGGCAAUAAGGACGGAGAAUACUGGCUCGGAAUGGAAAACAUUUUGCUACUGAACAUGAGGAAGAAGAACGAGUUGAGGGUGGACAUGGAGGACUGGGAUGGUAACAAGGUGUACGCCCAAUACUCCUCCUUCUCUGUGGACCCUGAGAGUCUCGGAUACACGCUGCACGUUGGCGGCUUCAUUGAUGGGGGAGCAGGGGACGCCUUGACUGACCGCCAUAGCAACAUGAAGUUCAGCACCUUCGACAGAGACCAGGACCUCGUUGGAGAGAACUGCGCCAAAACGUAUCUCGGUGCUUUCUGGUACGACAGAUGUCAUACCGCCAACCCCAAUGGGGUGUACAGGUGGGGGGCUGAUUCCACACUAUAUGCUGUUGGAGUGAGUUGGAACCCCUUCCACGGUGACAAUUAUUCCAUGAAGUCCAUCAGCAUGAAGAUCAGGCCAAAGAAUUAAAUGGUCUACAUUGAUUCAUGAGGGUUUAAAACUGAGAGUUGUCGGUAACACUUGGAUGUAAAAAAAGCAUUAUAAAGACUUAACUAAUAAAAAACUAAAUUAAACUAAAAACUACCUAAUACCUACAAACAAUAUGAUCAAGAUUUUAAGAACCUUUUAACAGACUAUUUUUUUGAACUUACAAAACCAUUAUAAAUGUUUGAUACAAAAAACGUUUUGCCACUCGUUUCCCCACUGAUUUACAAUAAUUUACUAAUGUUUUGUUUAUCUUUAGUGAAUUAUUCACAAAGUGUGUAUAAUGCUUUUUUGCAUCCAUUAAUAUAAAGGGUUACCCAGUGUGUAUUGCCUUGUCACUGAUUGAUGGCAGCAACAUGCGGGUAAACAUUACAGUGAUCUUGACUUCAGCCAUUUGUUCAAAAACAAGAAAUUGGUGGUCAUAUGACCCUCAUUGCAUCUUAUUCCACAUUGCUCCUGGGACUGUAACCAAUAACCUGAGCCUGAAUAAAUGAUGGGUUGUCACUGAUUUAGAUUUGAAAUCUUUAAAUGAUGACUGGGAUGUUUGUGUUCAUGUGUGGCUAAAUGAUACCUCUGAAUUUCUACAACAAAUAAAUAAGUAAAUGAGUAA